GUGAUUUAAUUCUAGAUUUGGGUCAAAUUUACCAAGCAAAAAAUCUAUUUUGACUUUAAUUUAAAACCUGUGAGAUUGCACAUUUGUUCAAGUAGCAUAACCACCUCUUUUCAUGACCUUGGUUUAAAGUUUUGCUAGAAUUUCUGCAAACGUUGUUUAGCCAAAUGAUAUGUUGGCACAGGAAGAGACCAAGGCUUCACAUUGUGAAGAUUGACAGAACUACCAAUCAAAAGGUUCUUUUUUAAUAUGCUUCAUAUUUCUCUGAAGAAAUAGCCAGGGGAAUUCUUUGGGAGAAAGAAGAUCACAUAACUUUCUGAGCUGAUCAUGUUGGCAUUUCUUCUCAAAUUUGAUGAAGAAGCUGUUGGGUUUUGAAGUUAAAUAAUUUGCAAGUUUUUGUGGAGGACAAGUUUCUGUCAGCAGCCUAGGCAUGGUGAGCACAGUUGAUAUUCCUUGUGAGUGAGUAGGCAUGGCAUAUGAAGUAUGGCUGGGUGAAGGAUAUGGUAGUUUGUAAUAUCAGGCUUAUUUGGAAAAAUUAGACUGUUGCAAAGGAGAUUUCAUCUUCACAAGGAUGAUUACUAUAGGAAGCAUUCUGGUUGCUCAGACCAGUAGGGCACAAUUGCUUCCACUGUUGCCUGCUAGGGUGCCUAUUUAAGGAUCAUUCAGGUACAAUUCUUAUGCUUUGCUAAAGUUUGCUCUGAUUUUUUCUCAUAAGAAAACAACUUUAAUUCAACUUAAUGUAGUCUGGUAGUAUAGCUCUACUUGUCAAUUUCUACUUUUGAAAAGAAGAUCUACUUUGACAAGUGAGCUUUAUAAAUGUAUAGACACAAUUUUGUACAACUUGGAACCCAACUUUUUCUUUUUUCAUAAUGCCCCAUGUCAAGAUAUUUUGAUUUACUAUAAUGGAGGCAUCUAUUUUAAAAAUCUGUUACAUGUUAGGUAGUCUCUAGCCUGGUCCAUGACAUCUAACAUUAAAAAACUCAUCUAGGAGAGUUAACUUCUUUUAACAUUCAAAGAUAGAUUGUGAGAUGCAAGCUUCAGAAGAAGCUGAGGUUGAAAGAAUGUCAAUGAUCAGAUGGGCGACACCAGACGCUUCAUGCUUGGAGGAGACAAAUAAAAUACAAUAGAAAUUGACUUGAAGCAAUUGAACAACUUCAUCUUGUGUAGCAAGGUUUGUCUUGCAGAAAUCCUCCAAGGGAUCACCACUUCGUGCAGCAAGCAUGCUAGGCCACUUGCUUGCUACAAGAUGUGCUUAAUCAACUACCCAUUGGCUACAUAUAUCCAUCAUAUUCCUGUUAGUAAUUGUGUCAAUGGUAGAAGAAACAUCGCUGCACCUGAAGUCCACUGACACAAAAGGAACAUCAUAGACGAUCAAUAUGCCUUCAAUGGCUCCUCAACUGCCUUUCUAAAGGCAGCAUUGACAUCCUCAGCUGUAAUCCUGUUCUCAACAUUCACAACAAGGCCAAUAAUUGAAACACUUGGUGUUGGUACACGGAGUGCAAUACUGUUGAGCUUGCCCUAGGGUUGGGGUAGAACAAGAUAGUUGACCUUGGCUGCAUCGAUACUUGUUGGGAGUUGGGACUAUGUUCAAUGCUGUGGGCCUAGCUCUUCUCAAGUCACAGUGUGAAGCUAGUGUCCAAGAGUCUCUGCACAAUCACAAGCAGCAAUUUAGCCUUUUCUGUUCAAAUAAAUCUCCAACUUUUUU